AUGGGUGCUGGCCAAUCCGCUGAACAUAGUGGAGCAACUCAAGAGGAGCUAAGCUACAUUCUCGCGGAACGUUUCGCGACAAAAUGCUUCACGCCAUUAGAGCUCACGCACUUCAAGGACAACUUCUUUUCUCGAGCUACCGAACAAGGCGGGCUGAAGUAUUGGAAUGAAAGGACAUUGUCUGAUUUCCUAGGCAUCCCAGAUGGCAGUUUCUCUGCUUCUCACGAGAACCCUCUUGAUGCAGGCCCGGUUCUCUUUCGUAUGGUCUCGUAUCUUGGGGCUUUUCCAUUCCAGAAUACCCUGGCACCAAGUGUUUUGACCUUCGACGCAAUGGUGAAAGUCGUCGUGCUGCUGACAGAGAGAUAUGGCAAAGUCCUACGACGGGGCCGCAAGGAUCGAGUGAGAUUGUUGUUUGGGAGUCUGGCUGAUGUUGGUAGAAAGGAUGUUGGAGUUGCAUCCCAGAAACCGGAAGAAGAUAAUGAGGAAUCUACCAUGGAAGAGGGAACUAGCGCCUCUAAUGCGCAAUCUCAUGUACCUGGGUUCUCGAUCGAUGAGCCUGCGAAUGAUGAUUACGAUGAAGACGAAGAUGAUGAUCUUGCUCUCGCUGCGCUGGAGACACUUGAUGCCAUUGAAGUGUUUAAGCAUGAUCACCGAGUGGAUCGAACGGUUUACGAAACACGAAUCUCUCUUGAUACGUUUCGCCGUUUACUGAUGUUACUCCUCGUUAUUGCACCCUUGAACCCAUUGGAGUCUGUUAAAAUCUACACCUCAGAUCUCGGGCCUGAGAGAGUGGAAGCAAUUCAAAAGGAAGCAGAUAGUAUCAUUUCUGCUUUCUCACAUGAGGAAACUGACGGAGGAAUUUCAUAUCGUGCUUUUGCUCGGACAAUUUCGACCUCAUUACCUUAUCUCUUUGAUCCUUUAACAGCCUUGUUCGAGCAUCUGCUUUUCAGCAAAAACUUAGAUUUCUCCCAGAAGCGUCAAAGGGGAUCAGAAGAAGAGGCAGCUGAAAAGCCCGAAGAGAUGAAUCCUCCACUAUCGGUUAUGCUCUCCGGUACCUUUGAGUCGAAUAUUUUGACACCCACUAUGAUUUCUCACCUUUCAUUUUUCCUACCUGCUGUUUCGCCAUCAUUAAGUCUAUUCCGCAGUGGUGCACGUCUUCACCCUGUUUUCUCAACUGCUGCCCACGGAUCUUCACUCACCUCGUUCUCUCACCACGUUUUGACCUGGCAAAGCUCUUCUCUCAUGAUUCUUCAGGGUGCGGUAGAAGGAUCAUCCGGGGACAUGGUCACAAUAGGUGCAUACAUUCCACAAUCCUGGAAAUCAUCGUCAUCAACAAGCACUUCGUCUCCACAACAAUUAUCCAGCCCCCUCCCCUACCUAUUCCAAUUAUCCCCGUCACACUUGGUCCUCCAAGGAAAUACGUCUUCAACCGUCGCACAGGAUAAAAAUCUGCCCACAGCAUGGUUCUCUUCACACUCCGGUAUUGCUCUUGGCUGCCAAAUUCCCCCACCAUCUCGCAGCCACCAGACCCAUCCAAAGCCACAUGGUGCUGGCAGUCUCCUGAUUGACGUGAACCUCGAAUCUGUUGAACUUCAUGUCGCCCCUGUCGGACACGAUGGUGUAUUUUUACCAUCUGGCACCUCAUCGCUCCAAGAUAAAGCAAGUAAGACAACUCUGGAUCUAUACAGUCUCGAGAUCUGGGGCAUUGUUCCUGAUCCUGAGCUUUCACUUUCGAAUUCAAAUGUAAGUGCCGUCGAUCAACAGAAGGCCAAGUGGGAAUUUGAGGCGCGAGAGGCAGAAAGGAGACGGAACGUUAAUCUGAAGGCUGGAACGGGCGAGUCUGCGAAGGAGAAUGCAAGAUGGCUUUUAGAAACAGCUGGGCUUAUUGGCGACCACGGUCAAUCUGGUGGAAGUGUUUAA